UUCACUCGACGUUUCUGGAUAAAAAACAACACAGAAAUCGAACAAAAAACGAUAAAAAUAUGUAAAUAUAAUGUUAGUUCUUGUUUAGUAACGGAGACGGGCGGCGUGUAUCUGGAAAUGUGGGAAAUUCGCAUGGAAAUGAGGGGAAAACAGAGAACUGGACGGAUGGAGGUUUGACAGGAGAGGAACUGACAUCGUCUUCACUAUGAAGUUUACUGUUUAUUUUGAUUACGGAGCGAUGGAGAAACGAAAAAUGCUGCUAUUUUUGUUUAUCUUCUGUUCUAAGUUGUGCCUGAGUGAGCUCCAGGUUCUCCGAAUUGGUGGUAUUUUUGAGACUCGAGAGACCGAGCCAGUGAGUGUGGAUGAGCUAGCCUUCAAAUUUGCUGUCACCAGUAUCAACCGGAACAGAACACUAAUGCCGAACACCACGCUGACCUAUGACAUCCAGAGAGUGAACCUCUUCGACAGUUUCGAAGCCUCCAGAAGAGCGUGUGACCAGUUAGCUCUGGGUGUGGCUGCGGUGUUCGGUCCUGCCCACAGCUCUUCAGUCAGUGCAGUCCAGUCCAUCUGUAAUGCCCUGGAAGUCCCACACGUCCAGACCCACUGGAAACACCCCACUGUGGACAACAAGGACACCUUCUUUAUUAAUCUUUUUCCAGAACAAACCUCCAUCAGCAGAGCCAUUCUGGAUGUCGUCACCCACUACAAGUGGAAGUCGGUCACAGUGGUGUAUGAAGACAGUGCAGGCCUAAUGCGCAUGCAGGAGCUGAUCAAAGCGCCGUCCAAGAACAGCAUGAAGGUGCGCAUCCGCCAGCUGCCCACGGGAAGCAGCGACGCCCGCCCACUGCUCAAAGAGAUGAAGAAGGAGCAGGAGUUCUACGUGAUUUUUGACUGCACUUAUCAAAUGGCCUCAGAGCUUCUCAAACAGCUGAUGUCAAUGGGAAUGAUGACCGAGUACUACCAUUUCUUCUUCACUACCCUGGAUCUGUUCGCGCUCGACCUGGAGCCGUACCGAUACAGCGGCGUGAACAUGACCGCUUUCCGUCUCCUGAACCUGGACGACCCCUACGUCGCGUCUGUCGUUCAGAGAUGGAGCACGGAGCGCCAGCUCGCACCGUACAGACCCGAGAGCGGCCUGAUAAGCGGCGUGAUGACUACAGCAGCCGCUCUAAUGUACGAUGCCGUUUUCAUGGUUGCUGUGGCAUCUCAGCGGGCCAGCCAGAUGACCGUGAGCUCUCUGCAGUGCCACAGGCACAAGCCGUGGAGGUAUGGACCUCGCUUCAUGAACCUGUUCAAAGAGGCCCGAUGGGAUGGUCUGACAGGUCGCAUCGUCCUUAAUAAGACCAACGGUUUAAGGAAGGACUUUGAUCUGGACCUCAUCAGUCUUAAGGAAGACGGAACAACGAAGCCUGUAGCUGAUGCUGAACUACGUCGCAUGAAAUUGUGGACAAAGAUCGGUGUGUGGAACUCAAACACUGGGCUGAACCUGACUGAGAAAAAGGACACCUCUAACAUCACCGAUUCGCUGGCCAACAGAACACUCAUCGUAACCACUAUCUUGGAGAACCCAUAUGUAAUGUAUAAAAAGUCUGAUAAAGUGCUGUACGGGAACGAUCGCUUCGAAGGAUAUUGUUUGGAUCUGCUGAAGGAGCUCUCGAACAUCCUGGGGUUCAGCUAUGAGGUCAAGCUGGUGUCGGAUGGCAAGUAUGGUGCGCAGAACGACAAGGGCGAGUGGAACGGAAUGGUCAGGGAACUCAUUGACCACAUAGCAGAUCUGGCCGUGGCACCGUUGACCAUCACCUACGUGCGGGAGAAAGUCAUAGACUUCUCGAAACCAUUCAUGACCCUCGGUAUCAGCAUCCUGUACCGCAAACCCAACGGCACCAACCCAGGAGUCUUCUCUUUUCUUAACCCCCUCACCCCGGAUAUCUGGAUGUAUGUGCUGCUGGCGUGCCUCGGAGUCAGCUGUGUGCUGUUCAUCAUAGCGAGGUUUACGCCGUAUGAAUGGUACAACCCACACCCCUGCAAUCCUGGAUCCGAAGUGAUGGAAAACAACUUCACGUUACUGAACAGUUUGUGGUUUGGCGUUGCAGCACUCAUGAGGCAGGGCUCUGAUCAGAUGCCCAAGGCCCUUUCCACCAGAAUAGUCGGAGGAAUCUGGUGGUUCUUCACCCUAAUCAUCAUAUCGUCCUACACCGCAAACCUGGCUGCCUUUCUCACGGUGGAACGGAUGGACGCCCCGAUCGAUUCGGCAGACGACCUGGCUAAACAGACCAGAAUAGAAUACGGAGCAGUGAGAGAUGGGUCCACGAUGACUUUCUUUAAGAAGUCAAAGAUCUCCACGUAUGAGAAGAUGUGGGCGUUCAUGAGCAGCAGGAAGACCACGGCGCUGGUGAAGAACAACAGAGAGGGCAUCACGCGCGUUCUGACCACAGACUAUGCCCUCUUGAUGGAAUCCACCAGCAUAGAGUAUAUCAGCCAGAGGAACUGCAACCUCACUCAGGUCGGCGGGUUAAUAGACUCUAAAGGAUAUGGAGUGGGCACGCCGAUAGGGUCACCCUACCGGGACAAGGUGACCAUCGCCAUUCUGCAGUUGCAGGAGGAGGGCAAGCUGCACAUGAUGAAGGAGAAGUGGUGGAGGGGGAACGGCUGCCCCGAGGAAGACAACAAGGAGGCGAGUGCUUUGGGCGUUGAGAACAUCGGCGGCAUCUUCAUCGUGCUUGCUGCUGGACUCGUCCUCUCGGUGUUCGUGGCGAUUGGAGAGUUCAUCUACAAAUCUUGGCAGAACAGUGACAUCGAGGAGUGCGUCGCUUUCUGUCAGCUGAUGGAAGAGCGGAGCGUCUCCUUCAGGUGCCACAAGACCGUCAGGAAAAGAGGAAGGCCGGAGGGAAAAUCCACACUCACAGGAGUCUUAUGCAAUUCCAAACGCGUCCAGAGGAAAGAGACUGUGGCCUAGAGACACUUUUCAAACCCGAACUGGAGGUAGUCGUGUUAAAAAUCACUUACUAAAGAGAAGCUGGUGUAGCUGUGGUGGUGUGCUAGUCAGCCCUCAGUUUUUCAAAUAAAAAUGUUUCGCGGGCCUCGAUUAAAAGCUAGUUUGCAAAUCA